AUUCUAAUCUGAGAAGUCUAAUCUCAACUAAAAGUCGCAAUGACCGGUCGCGGUAAGGGAGGUAAAGGUCUGGGGAAAGGAGGAGCCAAGCGUCACAGGAAGGUGCUCCGUGAUAACAUCCAGGGUAUCACCAAGCCCGCCAUCCGUCGUCUCGCCCGCAGAGGUGGCGUCAAGCGUAUCUCCGGUCUGAUCUACGAGGAGACCCGCGGUGUUCUCAAGGUGUUCCUCGAGAACGUGAUCCGUGACGCGGUCACCUACACCGAGCACGCCAAGAGGAAGACCGUCACCGCCAUGGACGUCGUCUACGCUCUGAAGCGUCAGGGCCGCACCCUCUACGGUUUCGGUGGUUAAGCGCUCUGCUUGCGCUGUCCGCCGCGCGCGACAUCGUGUAAUAUGUACUAACGCAUGUAUUACCGUAUCGCGCCCGAGCGAGCGAGCGAGCGAGCGCGCGCGCCGCGUCCUCAGACGGACGCAAAUACAAA